UGUGGAGUGUGGACAAUGAUUGUUUUGGUUGGAAAAAAAUACAUUAAUUUUUAUUUACAAAUAAGAAUAUAGUAUAUUUUUGUUAUAUGUGGAUAAUUUCCGAUUAAUAAAGAUAUUCGUAAAAGUAGUGUUUUUUUAAUCAAAACGUUUUGUUUGUGAUUUUAUCCAGCUGAAGGGAAAUUCUUCUUCAUAUCUCCAUCGGUCAAACAUAUUACGCUGAGGUUCGGAGCAAAGCUAAAACUAACGAAGGUGGGGAAUAAAAUGAGAGGAGCAAUAUCGCACUUCCUGUACAUGUUAAAAACAGACGUUGUUCGUCUACACUAAGUCUGCAAUCUGCAUUAGUCUGUUCGGGAUUGUCGAGUUGUUGGGUGUGUGCGUUCAUUCAUAAGAGACCUUAGAGAAAUUUAAAUCAAGUUUUUUCCAAUCAGCCAUGGGUGGCUUUGCGUGGGUUACGUUAGCCACAAAUGACUCGUAUUCAUUGGGAGCAUUGGUCCUGGCUCAUUCUUUAAAACGAGCUGGCACAUCACAUGAUCUUGUUGCACUGAUAACGCCAGGUGUAACAAAUGUAAUGAGGGAGAAAUUAGCAGCAGUAUUUUCAUUAGUUCAGGAAGUCAAUAUUCUUGAUUCGAAAGACGAAUCAAAUCUUCGACUUUUGGCCAGGCCAGAAUUGGGUAUCACCUUCACCAAAUUGCAUUGUUGGAAAUUGACACAAUAUGAAAAAUGUGUAUUCGUCGAUGCUGAUGCCCUUGUAAUAAGGAAUUGCGACGAAUUGUUCGAGCGGGAGGAACUUUCGGCGGCUCCUGAUGUUGGAUGGCCAGAUUGCUUCAAUUCUGGUGUAUUUGUAUUUAAACCCUCACAGCAGACUUACGAUUCUUUGAUUAAUUUCGCGACAUCGCAAGGAUCUUUCGAUGGUGGCGAUCAAGGACUUUUGAAUAUGUUCUUCAGCGAUUGGUCACAUAAAGACAUAGCCAAACAUCUUCCCUUCAUUUACAAUAUGUGUUCAACUGCCACUUACUCCUAUCUUCCCGCUUUCAAACAAUUUGGUAAUGAGGUCAGAAUUAUUCACUUUAUUGGUUCUACGAAACCGUGGCUACAGUACUUUGACACACUCACUGGAAUUGUGCAACCACCAACAGAUUCACAUCAUAUUCAGCCACUUUUGCAGAUUUGGUGGAAUAUCUUCUGUGAUAAUGUCCAUACCCAACUUAAUCCCGAUAUGCUAAUCAAUCUAUGCAGGGACUCGAAAAAUAUUAGUCACGAGGCCACCAGUACUUUGGCUCCAUCCUGGCACAAUGCUCCCUCUCUUCCUCCAAUCACCAAUCACAGUCGUUUUACAUUCCAAAAUUUGAGACAUGAGACAGAUAUUGAUUUAAAUUUCAACAAACCUGACUUUUCCGACUUUAAAGAUCCAUGGGACAAUUAUCAACCUCAGUUUGAUGCUUUUUUACAAAUUUCUCAACAAGUGAAUCAAGAAAUUUUCAACAACUCAGAACAAUUACAAAGGCCUGAUAAUUCCAAUGAAACAGAUAAUCGUGUUUCUCACGACUAUACAAAAAAUAGUAAUCAAGAAGAAUGCAACAGAUCUCAAGAAAAUAAUUAUCAAGAGAAUUGUCAACAAAAUAAUUAUCCAGAAAGUUAUGAACAAAAUAAUCAUCAAGAAAAUUAUCGACACAGUUAUCAAGAAAAUCAUUAUUGCCAAAAGAAUACUGAUACCAAUCAAGAGAGUAAUUGUCAAUCGAUAGAAAGUUAUUAUCAUUCUAGUCAUCAAGAAUUAUCAUCGAAUCAAGAAAAAUUUUGUUGUCAGUAUCAAGAAUCACAAAUAGAUCAGGAACAUAAUUUUUCCGGUGGACUUGACGAUCACAAUCAAUCUCAGCAACAGCAAGAAUCCUGUAAUGACGAGAGAUUCUUCGAAUCUCAAAAAAAUAUGUCUAGAGAAAUUUUUGAAACUGGUGAGAAAUUAACUUUAAUGGACGAUUUAAAAAUUGACGAACAAACUGACAAUCACCACACAAUAUCCUCACAUCCUUUUAAUAUCCGAAUAAUUCCUAAUAAAGUAGCACCACAGUCUGAACCGACCAAUAUUGAAGAACACUUAGAGAGUAACGAUACUGGACUGGCUGGAGCAUUGGCGCAAUUAACAUUAGGCGAAGCAAGAAGUAAUGAACAAGUUGCUUUUGAGGAGCACAUGAGAAAACAAAGUUGGGAACAAGGACAAAUUGAUUAUUUGGGUCGUGAUAGUUUUGAUAAUAUUUGGAAGAAAAUUUCCGAGACACUGGCUACACAACCAGAACGAGAAGAAACGCCUCCUUUGGAUCAACUAGAAAUAAAGAAGAUUGAAGAAUCUCCCGUUGUUGUUAAAUCUGAAGAAGUAAAAGAACCUGCUGUAACAACAAAAGAAAAAGAAACUACAGACCAGAAAGAACCAUCUGCCGUAUCAUUGCCGAUUACCACAGAUAUUCAAGAAUCAGUUCCAAUCGUUGUUUCACAAAUUAUUGAACCUGUCGUCGAGAAGAAAGAGGAUCCAGCGCCAAUUUCGAAACAAGUUCAGCAGAUUCCCACAUCAGUUCCAGUGGUUCCACUUUUAGAAACUUCGAUUAUUCCAUCGGAAGUUCCGGAGUCGGUGGUGAAUGCUGAGCAACAAAUUAGAGAAUUUGCCAUUCCUCAGGAAACAAUUUCCAAGGAACCGGUCAUUUGCCAAAUUCCAGAUCUUCAACCAGCAGAAGCUCAGGAAACUUCGGUUCAAGAGAAACCAGUACCGAUUCAAGUUGCCGAAUCUGUUUUACAAGCCGAGCCUAAAGAAUCCGUUUCUCAUGUCACAUCACCAGUCGGCGAGGAAGCAAUUUCCUCGAUUGUAUCCGUCGUGCAGGAAUCCGCUCUAGCCGUUACGGAGACCCUAAUUAGUCCUCCAAGUUCUGAUAUUGUUCCAAAAAUGGAAAAUGGUUGUGCAGAUCAUCCAACAGAAAUUUUAACACCCAUUGCAUCACCCGCUGCGACUGUUCCAGAAUCUCUGGUGCAAAUUCAGCAAGAAGUCAAAGAAGUUGUCCAAAAAGCAGCGGAAAUCCCUGCGGAAUGCAAAGAAUCCACAGCGGAAGUGCCACAACCACCAAAGGAGGAAAAAUCCGAAUCAAAUCCGGUAACAGAACAAGAGAAAACAAGCACCAAACCAGAGGAACCAAAAGAAAAGCAAAAAGAAUCGCCCGAAUCUGCAAAACCCAAGGAAGCAAAACUUGAACGUCGAAAAUCAAGUUCCAUGGAGAAACCUUUAUUACCAUCAUGUGAACCAAAAUUAACCGUCCAAAUUCCCCAAAGCAAGCCAAGCGAAAUUUCCGGUAUAGUUCAAAAGCCACGCGAGGAGAGAAAAAAAUCCCUCUCAUCAUCAACUUCAAGCUCAAUGGAAAAAUCCACCGAAAGCGAAACACCCGAACGUCCAACCAGAUCAAAAGAAAUUAAAGUUCCUCCCACACCGACAGUCACUGAAGCAACACCACCCACAAGUCCGCCAAUCAAUCCCGAUAAUAACGAUGACGAAGAAUCAAAAGCAACGAAAAAAAUUGUAAAAAAAGUUGUUAAGAAACAAUCAACUGAGGAAUCAGAGGACGCCGCCGACACUGGUGAAUCGUCAACAAAGAAAGUGACGAAAAAAGUCGUCAAGAAAGUUGUCAAAAAGAAGGAAUCAACAGAAGCCGAUGGUUCAAAAGAGAAGGUAAAGAAAAUUGUCAAAAAGUCGUCAUCCUCACAACUUGAGACUGAUAAAUCUGUUCCCGAAACACCUCCACCGGGUAGUUCAUCCGAUGUUCCCGUGCCACCCAAACGAAAAGUCAAACCAACUCCGACGACGAAAGGAACCACGAGCAAAAAAUCUGACACGGAACUGUGAUAAUCAACAAAAUAUUGACAAUAAUUCAAAUUAACAGCAAGAAUUUUAAAAAAUCCUGUUCUCAAAAAAAGCAUUGUGCGAAAAAUUGAACUAGUCGGAUAGAUUUUUUUAUGCACCUUAUCGUUUCAAUGACACAAUGCUACGAUUUUUUUUAGAACAAUCCAAGAGUCAUAAACGUAUCAUUUAAUUAUUUAUACAAACAAAAUCAUACCUUGUUUUUUUUCUAUUGCGUAUAUUUGUACUGCUUUUAGUUUAGUAUAUUUGCUUCUUGUUGUUAUUUUUAUAAUGUGAAUUUUAAAGAAUUUGACUUUCAAUUACUCAUUGUUAAUACUCAAUUUUUAUUCAUUUUUAUUUUUUCAUUUUUUCAGAGUACCUAAUCAAUUUUUUUAUUCUAGUUUCAACGAUUUUGUUAUGUUGAGUAUUUAAAAUACAUAAUCAGCUUUUUAAUUCAAUAUUUAAUUUUUACGCUUAAUGAAGAUUUUUAAAGUAAAAUAUAUAUAUCUUAUUUUUAUUAUAAUUAUGUACAUCUGAAAUUUUUGUGAAACUAAAAUAAUACAGCAAUGGCCUUUUUCGAAAAUGUAAUUUGUGAAAUAAAGCAAAAUAAUUUUGUAAAUAUAA